AGUGCUGCAAUGGCAGGUUUCCUUGCCCCCUCCAUUCCUUCCUAACUAGCCAUUCUUUUUGCUGCAAUCUGCUCACUGUUCUUCUCUUAAGCUUCCAUUUAAGCACUUGUUUGUAGUAACCAGUACAGAAAAAGAAAAAAAAACUACUCUUGUUCCAUUCUGAUAUUCUAUUUGUCAAAAAAAAUAAAAAAUCCAAAAAUAUUUCGGCUUCCACCCAAAUUAGGUUUCUCUCUGUAGUGGUGACAAAAACCUCAGAAAAAUCCAAAAAGAAAAACUGUUUUUCCUGCAUAUUAGGUUCUCUGUAGUGGUUGAUAAAAAGACAUCCAAAAUAUCCCAAAAAAAUUGUUUUCCUCCCACAUCAGGAUUCUCUCUGCUGUGGUUGAUAAAAACCUCAAAAAUUCCAAAAACAAACUGUUUUUUCCCGCAUAUUAGCUUUCUUUGUAGUGGUUGAUAAAAAGACCUCCAAAAAAUCCAAAAAAAAAUUGUUUUCCUCCCACAUUAGGCUUCUCUCUGUUGUGGUUGUCGAAAAGCAUCAAAAAAUAUUUUGGUUUCUCUCUAUAAUAAUUGAUCUAAAACCUCCAAAACUAUUUCGGUUUUCCCACACAAUAGGUUUCUCUCUGUUGCAAUUUAUGAAAAACUACCAAAAAAUCCAAAAAUAUUUUGGUUUUCCUGCACAUUAGCUGUAGUUUUUGAUCAAAAGCUCCAAAAAUAUUUUUGUUUCUUCCUUGUUUCAAUAUUUUUCAAGCUGUUGACAGUUUGUACUUCCUCUUCUCUUGACGUGGAAAUUGCAUUACCAAGAUAACCUGUCAGAGGCACAUAGUUCGAGCUUUUCAAGUAGGGAGACUAAAUAUACACUGGAACCAUUAUUGGAUUAAUUCAGGACAGCGAGUUGCUGCUUUGUUGGUGAAAAACAAGCAUUGCAUUGUAUUCCAGAAGGCUCGACGUUUCACUACAAGUAGCAAAAAAAAGCAGAGGUAUUAUCGAUAUUAAGAUUUUCAUUCACCAAUAAGUACAAGCCACCAGAAAAAUUACCAUGGGCGAACGGUAUAGUAAAUGGCAUAACAAAUGGCGUGAUCUUUUGCGAGAUGAAAACUUGUGGCUAGGCGGCUACAACCAGACAGAUGAACGUCGUCAGAUUGCGGCAUGGUUCUUAUUAUGUGAAUUGGAAUGUCGGGGUCGGGCCGGCCGCUUCCUUCGUGCAGGCCAUUACAAGGCUCGCUGUCGAGGCGAUCAGCGAGGUAUGGGGUCCCUUCGAUCCCGUGAUCAAGGUGCAGCUGAUGAAGCCGCCGCCGCCGGAGGAAGCAGGAGAAAUCCAUGAAAGCUUCGUCAUGAGAUUGGACCAGCAGCUGGCCGCCGCGGUGGCAGAGCAGCUCGGCCUGCUCAACAACGACCAAGAAUACCGCGAGCGCAAGGAAGCCCACGAGGAGGCGCGCUAUUUCUCAUGGGGCUCAGUGGAGAGUUACGGAACACGGCCGGAUUAUGCCGAUCUACGGCGUCGGAUCAACGCCAUACUGUCCAGUAACAAGUACCUGCUGGUGGUUGAGAACCUACUCUCGAUGGCUCAUAUCCACCGUGUCCCAAAAAGUCUGUGACAAAAGCAAGUCAGCACGUGAUCAAGUGUAUGGUCCCUUCGAUGAUGACGACACCAUGGUGCUCAUCCUCUCCUCACUGCAUCAGUCGGCCAAGGACAUCUCCAAGGCUGUCGUCGGGCACGACGACGAUGAGGAGCACUGGCACCGUGCCGCACUCCGGUGUUUUCACUACGCCCUGCUGCAGCUGCUCAUUCCAUGUGAACAAGACAACAACAGCAAUACUACUAGUCACUGAAGAGCUCAUCCGUCAAUGGGCUGCCCAAGGCUUCCUUGCAACUACCAGCCGUUGUAAGCCAAGAGCAGUUCAAGCAGCACAUAUCCGCAUCAAGGGGCACCAUGCUAGUGAUAUAUAUCAAGUUGGGCACGCAAUCCUUCAAGCAUUCUCAGAGUAUUCAUUGCUCAAGCUACCCUUUUCUCCAGCAAGUGAAGCUAGUAAGGCCACUGAGACUGCCGCACACUUCUUAAUAUAUCAUCAUCUCGUUGCAUCCCAACUCAGUGAACAUGAAAUAUUUCAUGAGGAGGAGGAGGAGGUGGGGUUGAAAAACAGGAGAUGGAUAAGAAUGACCAGCAAACAGCAAGAAAUGGAGAAUCAAGCAUGGCAUUUGAGCACGCAAUUGCUGGGCAAAGAAGAAUCCAAUGACCCAACCACAUUUAUUUUAAGGCACUUCUUGCACACAUCCAGCCUGCUUAAUCUAAUUGACAACAUCUUGCCUAAGCUCCCUUGUCUUCGUGUUCUUGACCUCUCUUAUACUCAACUAGAAUCACUCCCUCCUACAGUUUGGUGUCUCUCUAACCUCAUACUGCUUUCUCUCAGAGGUUGUCGUGCCAUCAAAAGCCUACACAGUGUCUCCAAUAGUGGUGGUUCUCACCCAGAAAAUGAAAAACACCGAAUGAUGAACAACUUGCUUUACCUUGAUCUCACCCUUCUCAGCAUAAACAAUUUUCCCAAUGAUUUUUUCCAAGGCAUGACAAAACUUGAAGAGUUGAUGCUUGCCGGGUGCUCUAGCCUUGUGGAGUUGCCUUGUUCCAUCUCUGCUUUAUCCAGCUUAUUGACUCUUGAGGUUACAGGGACUAAACUUACAUCACUUCCAAGUUCAAUGUUUGCGGGGAUGCAAAAACUUCAAUCACUUAAGCUCAUUGACAACAAAUUGUUGAAUUCAAUUCCAAUGUCAAUUUUAGAAGCCCACGGUCUUAAAGAACUACAUAUUCAAGGCUGGCAUUCAAGGAUGCAAGAGGAGAUCAAAUUGGAUGGGCAUCCUACCCUGAAUUCAUUCUCACUGAUCAAUGCUCCUCACAUAAAGCGCUUGUCCCUACAAGGAUGUAGAAAGCUUGAAUGUGUGGACUUGAGGGACCUUGGCACAUUGGAAGACCUGGACCUGUCAGCUACUGCUAUCAAGGAGCUCCCAGCUAACAUCCCUAAUCUGCCUCAGCUGAGGCGACUAAUUCUGAUGGGUUUUCCAAACCAGAGCCGAUUUCCUUGGCAUAAGCUGCAGCGGUUCCCUAAUGUGUUUUGCUUGGAUCACUAUGCAGAAGGACAUGACAACCAUUAUGAUAAUCAGGUUGCUCGUGUCUACGUCAAAGAUUCCAGAUUGUUUUACAGCUUUAGUGAGAGCACAAAAGAAUUAGUACAAGAAGGAGAGUUCUUACAAUCUUUCUAUGUUCAAAUUGCACCAUCCACCGUUAAUAUUAGGAAGCUAGAGGAUGAAGAAGACAAGUUGACCAGCAUGCUACAGGAAUUAGCACAUAAGAGAUCUCCUUAUGGUGAUGUGUACCAUCGUUGCAUAGCAUUGGAAUUUUCAGUGAUGUACAUGGCCAGAUCUGCCAUUCAUCAAACCGCGCGUCAUGUGCAUAUGUCUACAAUAGAUAAGUAUCCUCAUGGUUUAAAGUAUCUUCUGGAAGUUGCCAAAUCAAUUUAUGUGAUAAAUGAUUCUUUUGUCGACUGCCUUACUAAUCUGAGCAACUUGGACGAACUGGAGGAAUGCAAGCUUCAUUUUUGCCAUCGGAUGAAGCAUGUAUUUGAAACAACAUAUCACAUGUGGAGAGAUCUACCGAAUUCAUGGGACUCUCAACACAAAAGUGCAUGGGCCUCUCGACUCAAAAGUGCAUGGGCCUCUCAACUCAAAAGCCUAAUUCAUUUCUACAUACUUGCAUACACAAAUUCGGCUAUUGAAGCUAUCGGAUUCACUUCACUAAACCACCUGCACUUGGAACAUUGCCCAAGACUGGAGAGCAUCAUGCCACGCAAUUGUGCACUACCAAGACUCACAACUCUUAACAUCCUAUUCUGCUAAAACAUCAGCACAAUCUUCUUCAAAGAUCAUGAAAAGGGAGCAAUCAACGUUGAGUUCCCAAGCCUUCAAAGGAUGCGCCUCCAGGAGCUGCCACUAUUGAAGCACCUCUACGACGGCGACGACAUUGUCUUAUCUGCACCGACAUGGAAGGAGCUCCAUGUGCGUGGGUGCUGGAGCCUACAGCAUCUCCCACGCCUCAGUCAAGAAGACCUAAACCAGGCGGUGCAGGUGAGCGGAGAGAGGGCAUGGUGGGAGAAGCUCAUCUGGGACGAUGACUCAUCACUCACUCACCGUAGCUACUACAACUGCAAGUUUCCCCCGCCAUUUGCCUCCUUCAACGAGCGUGCCACAGUGACGAGCUACCUCAGGUGAAUCGCAUCCAAACUCAUCAAUCUAUUCACCCAUAUAUGGGAUCAUGACUUGUCAAGUGACUUUUCUCAUGACGUCCUCAGCUAGCUAGAUCAUCAACCAUAUACUCACCACAGGCUAUCACAUGUACACCUAGCCUGAUUGGCAAUAUUCCACCAUACAACCAUUGUAGUACCAUAUACCUAUCACAUACCAUUAUACUGCCGAUCAAUCCACCACAUCUCACAAUGUGCAUCACCAGUUUCAUACAUGCAUGUGUCAAGAGAAAAGGAAAAAAAUGCUUGCCCGUGUUCUAGUACCAAUAUGAGUUCUUUGCCAGAGUUGCUUUGUUGGUGUGCUUAUACACAUCAUAUAAAUAUGUCUAAAUAAAAGUUUAGCUUCCUUGAUUAUAGCCGACCAGUCUCUCGGUCAGCCAUCAAUGACAGCUAAACUAGUUUGUUCUGUGUGAAA